GUGGCGGUGGCGCAGCAUGGCGGCGGCGGUGGAGAAGUCGCCCUCAGGUGGCCCCGGGGCCGUACGGCUGCCGCGGUCGCCACCACUCAAGGUGCUGGCAGGGCAGCUGCGGUGCCACGUGGAGGGAGGCCCGGGUGCGUGGCGUCUGUCGCGGGCGGCGGUGGGCCGAGCGCCGCUGGAGUUGACGGUCGUGUGGAUGCAGGGCACCGUGCUGUUGGUGGAAGGCGGCCAGGCGCGGCUGCGCGACCCGAGCGGGGCCUUCUCCGUGCGCGGCCUGGAGCGCGUACCGCGAGGCCGGCCUUGCCUGAUUCCAGGAAAGUAUGUGAUGGUGAUGGGUGUGGUUCAGGCCUGUAGUCCUGAGCCCUGCCUGCAGGCUGUGAAGAUGACGGAUCUUUCUGACAAUCCUAUCCACGAAAGCAUGUGGGAGCUGGAGGUGGAAGACUUACACAGGAACAUCCCUUAGAGCGGAGACCCUCUAAGACUGUUUGCUCUUCAGAUCACAACACCAAACAUGCCGACUCAUCGUGGGUCUCGCAGCUCACGUGGAACUGCUCUGAGACUAAGGAAUAAAAAGCAGUGAUGUUCUGAUGUGUGAGUGACCACGAGAACAUGACGCUUAGUCACGGCAGCCAUCGCAACGGCCACCUCUUGCUUGUUCCUUUUAUGGGAAAUGUCCUGAACUGAGAACUCUGUGGAAGCAGCUCCCCCACAGCGCAUCUCCGUCUUAACUUUAGGUCUCUUACUAAAUCCAAUUAGUGCUGCCCAUAUGCACAUGUAUGUGGGGUCAUACACAGGGCCGAGGGGGCUACCAGUGCCCCCUCCUCAAAGAAGAGUGACAUGUCCCUCUGAAGCCAUCAGCUGUCAUUGGCUCCUCAGCUAGGAGUUAGGUAUUAGGCGCCUUCCUUACUCCAUAUUGGAAAUUUUAACGUUUUUGAUCUUUGGUGAUCACAGAGGCUGAGUUCAUGUAUGUAACAGCCACGUCAUGUCCAGAAGAUGGCAUUUCGCAGCACCCUCCCCAUGCUCCAGCAUUUGUGUCCUUCCCACCCCUCUCCUGAGCUGGUCCCUGAGCCUCCUGGGGUGGGUUGGAAGGCUUGGAAGUUGGCUGCAGAGUCAGGCAGCAGGGAAUGUUCUAUGAGUAAAUAAAGCACCAUUGAAUUCUACACUUUAAUUGUGUGCGUUGGUGUAUGUGUGUUCUGUAUGUACACUUAUACACGCCCCUCCGCGUGUGUAUGGAUCAGAGGAUGACUUGGGUGUCAGUUCCCAUCUUCUACCGUGUGUUUGAUCAGGCCUCUUGUCUCCUGCUGCUGUUUCUGGGGAUGUCCCUGUGUCCUCCCCAUCCCUCGCACCAUAGGGGCAC